AUGGCUCCGUACUCGGUCCUCGUCACCGGAGCAAAUCGUGGAAUCGGUCUGGGUCUCGUAAAGCAAUUUCUCAAAAAUAAAGAAGUCCAGCAUGUAAUUGCUACCUCUCCAAUUGUGAUUUCUCCUUCAGAACAGCAAAGAGGCUUCCAAAAAAGGAGAGAAGCCUUCUUGCAGGAAUUGAAAGAGAUCUCUGACAAAAGACUGGCCGUGCUCAAGCUAGAUGUGACGUCUGACGAGUCUAUCAACACUUUGUAUCCUCAAGUAGAGAAGAUCGUAGGGGACCGUGGGCUGAACGUUCUCUUGAACAAUGCUGGAAUGUUUGUGAAGUAUUCUACAAACCAGAAGCCAGAUCGCGCAGCACUCAUUAAAAACUUUGAUACCAAUGCGGCUAGUGUAGCUGUUCUUACUCAGACAUUCCUUCCCUUGUUGCGCAAGGCUGCUUCACAAACCGCUUCCGAUGAAUUCUCAAUAGACCGCGCUGCUAUUUUAAACAUCUCAGCUGGGAUUGGCUCCAUUACGGAUAACACUUCAGGAUCAGGUCAUAACGGCAUGUUGGCCUACAGAAUAAGCAAAGUUCAUAGCAUAUCAAGCGUCACCAAGCCUUAG